AUGGAUGGUGCAGUGGGGAUUUCACAGUGCCCCGUACCUUCUGGGGGAGAGUUUGUUUACAACUUGACAAUUCCUUCCGAUCAGAGUGGUACUUUUUGGUACCAUGCCCAUUCGGGGGUUUCGCAGGCGGAUGGCCUCUAUGGUGGGCUAGUCGUCCACAAGCCAGCAUCCAGAUCGACCGUUCGGGGCUUAUUACCCCAGAGGUAUGAUGACCCUUACCGUUACACUUAUGACCGGGAACUUUUGCUACUCAUUGGAGACUGGUACCAUCGCCCUGCAGGUGAUGUUCUUGAAUGGUAUAUGGACCCAGGGAAUUUUGGGAACGAAGUUGACAGCGUCGAUGCAGCACGCUCCAACAAGACAAAUAUAAAUUCCAUCGGUAUCCUCUUCCCUGGACAACGCAUGGACUUUGUUCUUCGGCCACUUUUACCGAUCUCCGAAAAUCAGUCACACAUGAGGGUUCAGUUAGAUCAAGAUUCCUUCAAUUACGCUAACCCGGCAUUGACCCCAGAUCAAACCUUCCCCAUCAACUAUCGUUCCAAUGCCGUUGAGGGACGUCCGCUCAAGGCCCACCAUCUCAACAUCGGAGAAGCACCAUCUGCAUCUUCUAUUCUCCGUGCCAUUCCCCCCACUGCGCAACAAACCCACGUGGUGUAUACGAAGAUUCAAAAGAUGGCCCGGUUUUCCAACAAGCCAUUCGGUUACUUCAACCAAACUACCUGGAAGCCCCAGCAAGAUCCACCUAUUCCAUUAGCAUCACUACCACGAACCAAAUGGGACGCAAACCAAUUUGCAAUACCUACAGGGCCGGAGCCUGCAUGGAUAGAUCUAGUAAUCAACAAUCUAGACGAAGGAUCCCACCCUUUCCAUAUGCACGGACACCACUUCUACGUACUCGCAGUGCACCAAGCCGAAUUUGGUUGGGGCUCUUACAAUCCUUUCAUUGACAAAAUCCCACCCCACCUAAAAUCUGACGCAGAUGCGUGGAGAAAUGGCACAGAUGACGCCCAGACCCUCAAUCGUGGUUAUAGUUCCGGUUUUUACGACAUCUCCCGGGCUGCUUUCCGUGACACAGUCCAGAUCCCAAGUCGCGGCUAUGCCGUUCUCCGUUUCCGGGCGGAUAACCCCGGGGUUUGGCUUUUUCAUUGCCAUAUGCUCUGGCAUUCGGCGACGGGCAUGGUCAUGUUGAUCGAUGUGCAGGGGGACCCGGCGGGAUUAGUUGCGCAUGCUGGCAAUGGAGAAUUAUGCCCUGCUUCUUGA